AUGGCGGACUCCAUCUGCUCGGUAUCGGCACCGUGUAUGUCCACUGGACAACGCAUCAUCCUCUUAGCCUCACCCACAAAGAUAUCUCGAUGGCUAGAGAAUGGAGAGAAUGGAGAGAAUGGAGAGAAUGGAGAGAAUGGAGAGAAUGGAGAGAAUGGAGAGAAUGGAGAGAAUGGAGAGAAUGGAGAGAAUGGAGAGAAUGGAGAGAAUGGAGAGAAUGGAGAGAAUGGAGAGAAUGGAGAGAAUGGAGAGAAUGGAGAGAAUGGAGAGAAUGGAGAGAAUGGAGAGAAUGGAGAGAAUGGAGAGAAUGGAGAGAAUGGAGAGAAUGGAGAGAAUGGAGAGAAUGGAGAGAAUGGAGAGACGGGAGUGAUGGGAGUGAUGGGAGUGAUGGGAGAGAAUGGAUUAAUCGAAAUUUGCGUGUUGCUCUAG